AUGGGUAAAGGACUUGCCUAUUCAGCAUCCGAAAAAUCUUUAAUUAUUGAAUUGAUACAAUUAAAUAAAGUGGUGGAAAAUAAGAGAACCUAUGCAUUUAGCAUUCACGAUAAAAACAAAGCACGGGAAAGUAUUACCAAAACUUCUAAUGCGAGUGGUGAUCAUCCAAAAAGAACUGUAAGUCAAGUUAAAAAAUGCUGGCACAACAUCAAAACAAAAAGAAAAUCUGAAAUAACUUCUCAUAAACAAUCGGUUUUGAGAACUGGAGGUCGACCAGCAGUUGAAAAAUUAGUAGAGAAUCCAUUGAUCGAUGAAUUUGCUAACAUAGCAUGUGAAAUUCCUGGGGCCAUUGACAGUGAUACAAUCGCUAGUCACAAUAUUACAUGUGUAACUACAUCUGAUGGAUAUUUGGAGUUUAAUAUCCAACCUAGUGAUGAUAAUUUUAUCUGUGACAACCGUGUUGAACGAGUUGAGAUUCAAAAAGUUAAUGAUGAAGAGAUACAUAACUUGUUAAAGGAAGAAUUACUUUUAAAAAUAGAAAAUGAGAGAGAACUUCUGAAACGAAGAAAACUUGAAACUAAAGUCGCUUCUAAUGAUUUAAUUUUUCGUAAAGAGAAACAUUUAACAGAAAUGGAAUUAUUAAAAAGAACUAUUAAAGAAUAA